UCUUCACUGUAAAUACGUCUUUCCCCCAUAAUGUGAAACAAAAACCCUAAACCCAGAGAAUGAUUCUCUAUGUCAGAAGGCUAAUUAACCCUCCACUUCGUCUGCACAAUAAUACCACCACCAGUUUCUCCCUCCAUUCCAAUCACACCCGGCAGAAGUUAUGCUUCGUGUCAUAAAACCCAAUGCAAAAUUCCAGUGCUUGAUUAGUGCAAGUCUAGUCAAAUUAAAAAACUUGAUGAUGCAUUAGGCCACUUCGAUUAUAUGGUUUCACUGCACCCAUUUCCAUCAAUUGAGGCAUUCAAUAAUCUAUUAACUUCAAUCUCUAAACUAAGAUGUUAUUCUUCUGUGUUUCCAUUGUAUCAGAGAAUGAAAUUGGUUGGAAUUGAACCUAAUAUCUUUACAUAUAACAGUUUGAUUAAUUGCUGUUGUCAGUUAAGGCAAGUUGAUUAUGGGUUCUGUUUGUUUAGUGAAAUUUUGAAGAGGGGUUAUCAUCCUACUGUUGUAACUUUCACUUCUUUGAUCAAAGGGUUGUGUCUGCAAGGAAAAAUCCAACCCGCGGUUCACCUGUUUGAGAAAAUGACUGACAGUGGGGUUCGACCUAAUGUUGUUACGUACGGGGUAAUCAUAGAUACUCUAUGCAAAAACGGGUUAGUGGAUGAAGCUGUAAAUAUGUUUGACCAAAUGAUCAAUAUUAGGAAAAUUGUCCCGAAUGUUGUUGUUUAUAGUUCUUUGAUUAGUGGGCUAUGUAAAUCAGAUAGGUUAAGUGAGGCUAUAGAAUUUUUUGAUAACAUGUCUGCUCGAGGAAUUCCUGCAAAUGCAAUCACUUAUGGUUCUCUAAUUCAUGGUUUUGGCCAAUGCGGACAGUGGGGGGAAGCGCAGAGAUAUUUUGAUGAAAUGGUGGACAAAGGGAUAUCACCCACAGUAGUUAUAUAUAAUAUGCAAAUAGAUACUCUGUCCAAAGAGGGGAAGAUCCGAAAAGCUGGGGAGUUGUUCGAGGAAAUGAUGAAGUUAGGCAAGGAACCUGAUAUAGCUACUUAUAACUCGAUGAUAGAUGGAUAUUGCAAGAACUCUAGGCUGGAUGAUGCUUUGCAGCUGUGCAAGAAAAUGAAGCGAAAGGGUCUAAAGCUAGCAAAUGUUACUUACAGUACACUUGUUGAUGGAUUAUGUCGUGCUGGAAGAGUUACAACCGCAAGAAGCCUAUUAAUCGAGAUGCAAUCAAUUGGCGUAUCUCCAGACAUUGUUACGUAUGUGCCAUGUUAGAUGGGCUUUUCAAGAAUGGACAUAUUGAUGAGGCGAUAGAAUUAUUUCAGUCUAUGGAAGGUAAGGGGUUUAAAAUUGAUAUUCAGAUUUAUAGUUUAGUUAUUGCUGGGUUGUGUAAUGCUAAAAAGUUCGAGUAUGCAAGGAAACUAUUUUAUGGGAUCACACAUAAAGGAUUAGUUCCCAAUGUUGUAACAUAUACCAUAAUGAUCAAUGGCAUGUGCAAAGAAGGCAUGUUUGCUGAGGCUGAGAGAUUGAUGUUUGAAAUGGAAAAGAAUGGUUGCAUUCCAAAUGUUAUCACAUACGAUACCAUUAUUAAGGGCCUUCUUAAAGGAGGAGAUGUUAAGAAAGCUAGGAAGUUUCUUCAAAGAAUGCGCGAUAGCAACUCCCACUCAGCAACGCCACCAUCUGCGUGUUAACUAAUACCCUAACUGUGGAUCAACUCAAAAACUUUGGAUCUUUUCGAUAGCUGGUCAGAGUGGCCAUGCAGAUGAUGCUCUUUUCUUGUUUGAGCUAUUGGAGUCGGUGGUUUUGGAGAUUGGGUUGGGAACUUCUACUCAAGUAACAACAGCUAUUGCAAAUAUUAAUCAUUAUGCUUGAAGGUUUCUCAUAUCCAGACACACUUCAAUAUGAAGGUUUCUCAUACCCGACAGCAUGAAUGAGGUAUUAAGAGCAAGGAACCAUCACAAAGUACCGAGAAAGAGGAUUGUAGGCAUAUGCAUGGGUUCCAAAUACGAUGAAAAAUGUACUGGUGGAAGAGGAUUGCUUAGACAGAUAAUUGGACCCAUUUAGUUUUUGUCUGGGGUAAAGAGGAGGCUUUUUGUCUUGAGAAAACAGGAAGACUUUAAAGCAUGUGUUAUCACCUACAGACUGGUCAUCAUCGUGGCACCAAAUUUGCAGGAAGGACACUCAAAAUUCCCCAGUUGACUUUGCAAGCACGUCUACAUCUUGUACUGGGGGAAUGUGUUGGAUAGUUGAAAAAUCGAGGAACUUCGGUCUUAACAUUUCAUACACCCCAAAAAAUAACAACCGUCAAUUUCACGUUGCAUCUUGUUGACACCAUGAUGGACUCAGUAAUACACUCUUGAAGUGUGAUUCUAUCAACCAGCAGAAUAGGUCACUUUCACUGGCUAGAAAAUAUAUGGGUGAAGGCCCUGUUGAAGAGUUCAAUCAGUCUAGACGACCUAUUGUGAUUAUUUGG